AACUGGCAACCUCAGGACAGUGUCAUGGGUAUCGUUGGAUGCACCAGAAGUGUUGGAUGAAUGGCAUUGUUACUGACAGAGAAACCGUUCGUCUUCUGCUCCGUUUAUUCGAUGGAGAAGGUGUGGAUUUGAGGUCACGAAGACGACUGCGGAGGCGAGUGUAUCAUAGCAGAGGCCCCAACUAUGUGUGGCAUAUCGACGGCUACGAUAAGCUGAAGCCAUUUGGGAUUGCAAUCAGUGGAUGCAUUGACGGCUUUUCAAGGAGUGUAAUAUGGCUAGACGCUUACAAGACAAAUAAUGACCCGAGAGUAAUUGCUGGCUACUUCAUGGAUGCCGUGAUUCAACAAGACAAUGAACCAGAAAGAGAGCACGUCAUAUUUGGAGCAAGUACAGGAAAUCAACGCAUUGAAAGAUGGUGGCUCAUCUUACGAAGCCAGUGUAUCCAGUACUGGAUUGAACUAUUUGACAAACUAAGAGAGGAUGGCCACUUCUCAGACUCUUUCUUGGACAAAUCAUUGGUCCAGUUCUGUUUUCUUCACAUUAUACAGGAAGAAUUAAAUGAAGUUGCUUUGGCCUGGAAUGACCACAGAAUGCGCCCAGUCCACAACUCCCGAAGUCCUCACGGCCGACCAUCUUUUAUGUAUGCCCUCCCAGACAUUUAUGGCGCGAGGGACUGUCUCAAACAUAUCAAUAUGGACAAAGUUGAAGCCUGCCUUGAAGAAUGCGUGUUCAAAGACUUUCCAUGUGAAGAGGAUGUUUUUCAUCUCUGUGUAGAACUCAUGUCAGAACAUAACCUGGACUUCUCAGAUGAUGUGUUUCAUACAGUGGAUCUGUAUGUAAAGCUAAGGCAGUUGAUGCUUACUGAGUUGGAGCUUUUGCCUUAAAGGUUAGACAUCAUUAUGCAUUUGAUUGAGGUGGCAAAAACACAUUCUUUGACCCUUGUCCUUCAGGGACAUCUAGGGAUAUU